CGUUCAGAGACUGCGGCGGCCCGGCGCGGCAGCGUCAAGAUGGCGGCUGCGGCAGUAGCGGCGGCGGCCGCAGCAGCCGCAGCAGCAUCUCUGCAGGUCCUGGAGAUGGAGAACAUGGAAACAGCUGCCGCCGGCUCCGCGGGGCUGGCCGCCGAAGUCAGGGGCAGCGGGACGGUGGACUUCGGGCCCGGGCCCUGCUUAUCUGUCAUGGAGGCGAGCGGGGGCGAUCCGGGCCCCGAGGCCGAGGAUUUCGAGUGCAGCUCUCACUGCUCAGAGCUGUCGUGGAGGCAGAACGAGCAGCGGCGCCAGGGCCUCUUCUGCGACAUUACCUUGUGCUUCGGCGGUGCCGGAGGCCGCGAGUUCCGUGCCCACCGUUCGGUGCUGGCCGCGGCCACCGAGUAUUUCACGCCCCUGCUGUCGGGUCAAUUCUCUGAGUCCCGCUCAGGCCGAGUGGAGAUGCGCAAGUGGAGCUCCGAGCCUGGACCCGAACCCGACACCGUGGAAGCCGUUAUCGAAUACAUGUACACCGGACGCAUCCGCGUCAGCACGGGCAGUGUGCACGAGGUGCUGGAGUUGGCCGACAGGUUCCUGUUAAUUCGUUUAAAAGAAUUUUGUGGAGAAUUUCUUAAGAAAAAACUUCAUCUCUCCAACUGCGUGGCCAUCCAUAGCUUAGCUCACAUGUAUACCCUGAGCCAGCUUGCUCUGAAAGCUGCCGACAUGAUUCGGAGAAAUUUCCACAGAGUGAUCCAGGACGAGGAGUUCUAUACUUUACCUUUCCACCUUAUUCGAGACUGGCUGUCAGACUUGGAAAUUACAGUUGAUUCCGAAGAGGUUCUCUUUGAAACAGUUUUGAAGUGGGUUCAGAGAAACCCUGAAGAGAGGGAGCGAUACUUUGAAGAACUGUUUAAAUUGCUCAGAUUGUCCCAGAUGAAACCUACUUACCUAACUCGGCACGUCAAGCCAGAGAGGCUGGUGGCCAACAAUGAAGUCUGUGUCAAGCUGGUGGCCGACGCGGUGGAGAGGCACGCCCUGAGAGCGGAGAACAUACAGUCGGGCACGUUCCAGCAUCCCGCUUCCCACGUCUCGUUGUUGCCUCGCUAUGGGCAGAACAUGGACGUGAUCAUGGUCAUUGGGGGCGUGUCAGAAGGAGGGGACUAUUUAAGUGAAUGCGUAGGGUAUUUUGUUGAUGAAGACAGAUGGGUCAACCUGCCCCACAUUCAUAACCACCUGGACGGACAUGCAGUGGCGGUGACAGAUUGCCACGUGUAUGUUGCUGGAUCGAUGGAACCAGGGUUCGCAAAAACUGUGGAAAGGUAUAACCCAAACUUUAACAUAUGGGAACAUGUGUGUAGUCUGAUGACAAGGAAGCAUUCUUUCGGACUGACGCAAGUCAAAGGGAAGCUCUAUAGCAUUGGAGGACAUGGCAACUUUAGUCCUGGCUUCAAAGAUGUCACUGUUUAUAAUCCCGAGCUUGAUAAGUGGCACAACUUGGAAUCGGCACCAAAGAUUCUUCGAGACGUCAAAGCACUAGCCAUUGAAGACAGGUUUGUGUACAUCGCCGCCCGCACUCCUGUGGACCGGGACACCGAAGAUGGACUGAGGGCUGUCAUUACUUGCUAUGACACGGAGACUCGACAGUGGCAGGAUGUGGAAUCUUUGCCGCUUAUUGACAAUUACUGCUUUUUCCAAAUGUCCGUGGUCAAUUCAAACUUUUACCAGACCGCAUCAUGCUGUCCCAAGAGUUAUUCUUUGGAAAAUGAAGAAGCAGUCAGAAAGAUCGCCAGUCAAGUUUCCGACGAGAUCCUUGAAAGCUUACCUCCAGAAGUCCUAAGCAUCGAAGGAGCAGCCAUCUGCUAUUACAAGGAUGACGUCUUCAUUAUCGGAGGCUGGAAGAACAGCGACGACAUCGACAAGCAGUACCGGAAGGAAGCCUACCGGUACUGCGCGGAGAGGAAGCGGUGGAUGCUGCUCCCCCCCAUGCCGCAGCCUCGGUGUCGGGCCACGGCCUGCCACGUGAGGAUCCCGUACCGGUACCUGCACGGCACGCAGAGAUACCCUAUGCCUCAAAACUUAAUGUGGCAGAAAGACCGGAUCAGACAGAUGCAAGAAAUACAUCGGCACGCCCUGAACAUGAGGCGAGUGCCCAGCUCUCAGAUCGAGUGCUAGGUUCUCGAAUACGUGCAGCCUAAGACGGUUCCACCUGAUUCGUGAGGGUGGAGAUAUCCAGACUGUUACUUGAAAAAGUAUGUUGAUAACUUAUUUUCUACAGGAAUUGAUUGUUGCCUCCUAUAAAGGAAAUGUAGUUGAAACCGGAAGACUGGGAAACUCAGUACGUGGUCAUUUUUGUUAGCUUGCAGCCUUUCUGUGUCUGCGGUCUCUGUCUCUGGUUGGUGUGUAUGUGCUAGCCAACAAACAAGAUCUCAUUAAAGACAAGUGGGAAAACCAGGUGUAGUGACUUGGCUUGUUUUCUGCCAAGAAGUUCUGACCCCUUUGUCUUAGGGACUUAGGUGUUGAACAUGCUUUAAGCACCACUUUUAUUUGCACAUUUACCUUGGUGCUUCUUUUCAUUUUCUCCUGAAUGGUUGGUUUUGACAAGAUAGGAACUUACCCAUGGAACCCUCAUCUGCCUCGUAAGAGGUCUGUGCAGCAGACUGAACGUUGAAGGGAGAAGCACAAUAUUUCAGCAAGAUGGCUUUAGAAUGUUUGCAUUGAUAUUUUGUUUAUCCAGAAAUGCUCUUCUGUUUCCUUCCAGAGAAGAGAUGACUGAUGAGGAAUUUGUGAUUGGCUCAUGCAUUUUUUUGAAUAUUUUUCAUUUCUCUAGCAACCAAGUUAUCAACUUCAAGCUAUCACUCUGAGGUGAUGGUAGUUGGCAAAAGUAUUGAUCUUUAACUGAUUGAAUACAGAGGACAUUAUAUAUAUGAAAUUCACUUCUCUGACAAGUAUUAGUGUAGACCAAGAAAUCAAAGGCAUUAAAACAUUUUUAAAUAGUUUCUUCAGGAGUUGCAGGCUUAUUGGAGGAUAAGUUAAUGAGUGUAAAUAAAUAAUGCCUAUGACAAUCGACACUCAAUGCCUUCAAUUUUAAAUUUUGCCCUAAUACAUAUUUAAUAGAAUCCUCAUUUCUUUCUAAAGUAAACUUUUAUUUUAAAUGGGAAGGAAAUAACAAUUUGGAGAAAUGUUGCUAAAGAGAAGCCUUACUGUUUCUCAGCCCCGAUGGUUGUGUUACAUCCAGUUGCCCUAGACCUUUUUUUUAAUGAGAGUGUAUUUGAGCCUUAAGUGACCACUAGGCGGGGAGCGAGACCUCAGAUGCUCCCCAGUCACCCUGGACUUUCAAUGAAACUUAACCUGAGCCUAGAAUAUAAAAUUUAAGUGCGUAAUUCUGGCUCUUCAAAAUGUAUUACUGUAGUUAUCUUUUAUUUGUUUUUAUGCAUUCCUCUGAUUCUCUUACACACUCCCAAGCUUUAUACAAAUUAACACUCAGGUUGACGGUUUUAGCACUCAGCAACUUCUGCUCUUACUGUUUGCAGUGGGGUCCAGUGUAUUUUUCUUGUUUUGGUUUUUUUUUGAAAGUCUCUAGUUUCUUAGACAUUUCCAGAAUACUGUCCUAGAAAUUAAAUUCUAAGUGAUUUUUUUUUGUCGUUCCCUACUCCAUUCUGGUUAACCUCCUUAUUAGUCAUAUCAAACAUUUAAAAAAAAAAGAAAAAAAUACAACCAGAAAGUUUAGCUCUCAGUUUGCUACAAGACUAUUCAUGCUUAAUCCUCGGACUCUAUAAUAAGAACUUUCCUUAAAUUUCCAAAUGGAUAUCCCUGCCGAGUACAGUUUUUCAAUAAACACGUUGGAAAUCUGCUUUAAAAGCAUUUAAUGUAGCCCUGGCCACUGGUGUGGUUGGCUGGAGCGCACUCCAGUCCACUGAAAGGCUGUGGUUCCUGGUCAGGGCAUGUACCUAGGUUGCGGGUUUGAUCCCCAGUCGGGAGACAGUGGAUCAAUGUUUCUCUGUCUCUCCCUCACGUUCUCUCUUGCCCCUCUUUCCUCUCUCUCUAAAAUCAAUAAACAUAUCUUUGAGUGAUGAUUAUAUUUUAAAAAUAAUAAAAACAAUUUAGAUUGGGGGUAGGAAACUGCAAGUCAUAUUUCUGUGUGAGGAUAUAGUAUCCUACCCAACCUCAACCAUUUUCUCAAUUUCUCUGUAUUUGUAGUUACUUUAAAAAAAGCCAUUGGAUCCUGAAAAGUGCAAACUCUUAGUGAGAGGUCUAUGCAAGUAAGACAGAAAAGCUCACUGGAUGAAGUUCUCAUUUCUCUCUGAUGGACUGUGCUAGCAAACUUCCUUUUCUUGGUUGUUUAAAUAAUUCAGCAGCUCACUGGGAUGCCAGUUUCUUUCUAGAAGGUGCCAUAUAAGGAUUUAGGGCUGUGUUUUUUUGUGUGUUUUGUUUUGUCUGGUUUUCCGAGACAGUCAUGACCAACUUACGUGGAGGGAUGUCUGUCUUUCACAUGAUGUGGCAGAAAUUCUAACUCAUAAGAUUUAGGUAUAAUCUGGUUUUGAAAACUUGAUUGAAAUUGUUGUUUUUUAACUUAGCAGGCGGCCCGGGCCACGGGUGGAGAGAGGGGUAAGUGCUUCUGUGCAUGGUGACGCACGCGUGCGGGUUUUCCUGACUGCCGGCCUGACUUCCGUGUUUGAGUUCACACGUGUGGUUCCCCACCAAUAACUUGUGUUUCUGAAGUAUCCGAACUAACUCGUUAAUCAGGAAAGAAACCAGAUUUGCUUAAAUCUGUUCAAGGCUGACAUUCUGAAAUUCUAAACUGGAAAUAACUUCCUGGCAUUUCUGGAAAGGUUCUGAUUAUGAAGAGCCUAAAGUGGCUCUUUGGGGGUGCAGAUGUCCUUUUCGGUGAAAACUUACAAAGAUUGUGUUUUGCAAUUGAAGCAGUUAAAACUACAGCUUUAAAAAUACAAUGUGUAUUUAAGCAAACUUUUUUUUGUUGUUGCUUUUGGUUUUGUGGAAGGAAAAGAGUAAUUGAUUAUAUAAAAAGUAACAACUCUACAUAACUUUGAGUGAAGCUACUUCUAUCUCAGAGUGGAUGUCUUUUAACUCUACCUUCCAACCAUGGUUUCUUAAAAAAUCAGUGGUGUGUAUUGAGAAUGUCAGUCAUGAGCUUAGUGUUUAAGUAUCUCAUCUGCGGUUAUUUGCAUGACUAGUCUUGUGUAUCUUGGCUUUUGCUGUGCCAAUUCAAAAAUAUUUUGCUAAAAAAAAAAUCUCAAAAUUAAUUGACAUCAAUUUUGUGUUGAUCAGCUGCUUUUGUGUGGUACUUCUGGGACCAAAACAUUUUUAAAUAUUAACUUUAAAAAUAUAGAACAGUUUGGUGCUGAAAAGAUGGUGUUUAUGGAAAAUUUGUGUGUUUAUGUAUUUUAAGCUCUUUAGGCUGCUGGUAAGGCAGUUUCUAGGGCACACUUUUCAUGUUUCUUGAUUAGUGUAGCAUGUGGUAUGUUUUAAAUGCAUUACUCUCUGCCUCAUUAUUCUGUAUGAACACUAUACUAUUGGUAGACAGGUAAGCUAAAUUGUGUGUUUUAGUUACUCGGCCUAAUCAAGCAUAACCAAAGGGACUUUUUGUGCUUUUCUUAAAUUAAGCUUAAAUAAAAAGGGCAUAUCGGUCGCAUUUCGUGUCUUUUGAAAACAAAGCGUUGUGAAGCAUGUCCAUCUGCCCACACUGUAAAAAUAGGGUGCCUACCGGUUGCUAUGUAACUGUAGAAUAUUUAAGAAACCACUCAGUCUUCUUUAUAACUGUCAGACCUUUUGGCACAGUUCAUCACUUCAGUUUGUUACUUUGUUGAGAAUAGUCCGUUUUUGCUUUUGUUACAAUGCUAACACUAUAACAUGUUCUGGUCACUGGAAACAGCGGAGCUCAUCCUUGAGUGAUGCAGUUCAAUAACACCACCAUCACGAGGUGAUCGUUUUGCCUCAAGGAAUUUAGGGAGCCCAGUACCUGCUGUUUGUCGCUUACCUUUGUGGGGCUUUUGUCUUGCUCUGUAUGACAGUGAAGCACAUACGAUAGAGCACUUGUGAACUUACUCCCCCUGCAUAAUGCACUCCCAAAAAGUAGCGCCUGCUAGAUGUCUGUAGACAGACCUUAGCGUCCCUGCGCUAGGCCCAGCCCAUCGAGUGGUUUGUGACACACACACUUAGUUCAGGCUGAUGCACAGUGAGGUUUGGGGGCCAGCAGUAUCCAAGCCCCCAUUCUGCCGAAAGUAUAAUCCUGAUGCUCUCCUGUGAGCUGGGAGAUGUGGAAUUGUGGAAUUCCGGGCACUUGGAGACAUCGCAGUGUAAAAUAGCUUGUUUUGUGUUCCUGAAGCUCUCUUGUUCUGUGUUCAAGUACUAAUGGUCUCACUGUAAGUGCUAAAUAAACGUAUUUCACUAGA